GGUUUGCCUUUUUUGUGUUAUUUUUGCAUUUUAUUUUGUUUCUUUCGAUUAAUUAGGAUGUCCUAUUCCAGAUUUGAUAUGAAACUCUUACCAAUUUGAGCUUAUUUCUCCGGGGUUUGAUGAAAUUUGCUUGAAAGUGAAUUACGGCAUACACUGCGCAGAUAUUUCGUAAUAUGCGCAUUGUGUUUUGAAAGCUGAUUUGGGUCUUUCACAUCAAAAUAAUAAUUAAUACGCGGUAACUUAGAUAUCAUUGGUGGUCAAAUUUUCUGAAAUUAGAUUAAGGAAAUCAUGUCGCAGCAAGAUUCAAAUGAUACACCAAAGGCUCAGUCUACUGGGUCAGAUAAGGAAUCGAUGGACAGAUUCACAGAUCCCCCAGAGAGCAGCGACUGCAGCAACCACAGUACAACAGACAAAGACAGUGAGGUGUCGGACUCUGACUCGCGACUCGGCUCGGCUCGAAAUGAGGCGGCGGCCAUGCCCCAGCCUCCGCUGAGGCCACGACCGGCGGCUCCCUACCACCAGAGCGCCAACAGCGGGUCGGCCGGCAGUGUGCUGGCGCCCUCUCGGCUCGGUAACCCGUUCGCGCGCGUGGCGGCGCCGGUGGUUCGCAGUAGCGCGGACAGCUCGGAGCACCGCCCGCUGUCCGGCGGCGUGCUGGCGCCCUCGCGGCUGGGCGGGGUCGGCGGCAGCGCGGCGGCUGUCUCCUCGAGCCGCUCCGUGCUGCGGCCGUCAGCACUCUCCGUCCCCGCCGCCAGCCUGAAGACGCCCGAGACGAACGGCCUCGGCGGCAGCACGUUCACACUACAUCCGCCCAAAUUCAACAACCCGUUCGCCGCCAAAGCCGCACCCGAGGAGGACUCUGAGGACAGCCCGGCGGCGCCCGAGUGCGCCUCAACGGAGACGGCUAGCCGCCGACCCGCCGGAGCCGCCCCUGCUGCCGCUGCCGCCGCCGCCCCGCCGGCGGUCAACGAGACAGUGACCAGCACCAGUGGCAGCAACGGCUUCACCCUGCAGGCGGCCGCCGAGCGACGCUCUGAGGAGACCGAGUCGGCGUCCAUCUCCUCGUCGUCGGGCGCCGGCGGCGGCUUCGUGUUCGGUCAGAACCUCGAGGACCGCGUAACCAACGCGGCAGCGGCCGCCGCUGAGCCGGCCUCCGCCGUCUCCUCGUCCGGCGACGAGCCGCCGGCUGAGGGCGCCACCGGCGAGCCGGCCGGCGACCAGGCGGCGCCACCGUCGCAGCCGGCGGCCGGCCUCAGUCUGCGCGAGUCGGCGGCCGUGUAUGAGAAGCAGCGCACCUCCAAACGGAAGUAUGAUGAGGUGGAGGUGGUCACCGGAGAGGAGGAGGAGAGCAACGUGCUCCAGAUCAACUGUAAGCUGUACGCGUUCAACAAGGAGAACUGCUCGUGGCUGGAGCGGGGCCGCGGUCUACUGCGGCUCAACGACCGGCGGGAGGAGGCCGGCGGGGGCGGCCCGCUGCAGUCGCGGCUCGUCUUCCGGACACAGGGCAGCCUGCGACUGGUGCUCAACACUAAGAUCUGGCCGGCGAUGAGUGUGGAGAAACCCAGCGAGAAAGAUGUGCGAGUCACUGCCAUGGACAACGACCAGGUCAAGGUCUUCCUCAUCAAGAGCAGCACCAAGGACGCCGAGCUGCUGUUUAACGCUCUCGACUACCGACUGAGCGGUCUCCGAGCGGCCGAGUCGGCCGACGGUUCCGAUGCCGAGGCAGCCGCCAAGAAGGCUCGGCAACAGGAGGGCGACGCCUCCCAGAACUGAGCCCCCGCUGACCCGGGGAGAGAAGUCGACCUCUGAGCUGCCGGGCCGGCUCGGCGGCCGCGUCUGUCUGUCGGCUGGGUGGGCAGGAAAUGUCUGCACUGGCGUGGACUUUCUACUACGGAGUGUUACCGAGUGCCGGCUUGUGUCUGUAUCAAGAGAGACAUUCUGGUGUGGUACGCUUAGUACGCUCAGUCGGCGUAUGAGUGCAUUUGACUUAGGCUCCGAACGACAGACGUUAAAUGGGAGACAACUGUGAUUUAGUUCGAUGAGUAUCGGAUUAUGUUCGACAUCCUAGAAAUGCGUCAGACGAGCCAUGAGUCGCGGUGGACUGAGAGUCGCUUUUGCCGGACUGGUACUGGUGUGGCCGAGGUAGCUGAUCGUCCCGUCACCGUCUGCUGACGCUAGACUCCAAAGUGCUGUGGGAGAGCUGGACAGUUGGCAAUACCAGCGGAAAGUGACAGUGGCGACACCUCAGUGACACUUACGGUGACGAUAGUGGCAGUACCAGUGAUUGUGACAGUGGCAAAGACAGUGACAGUGGACAGUGUCUGGGACGAUGACUGUGGCGCAAAGACAGUUACACCGGUGACAAAGCUCCACUGGGCUGCGCGGGCCUCGCUAUGCGCUGGCCCGUCGGUCAUCACGCCCGAUCACCGGACAUCCAUCUGCCCUACAGUGCCACAGUUGUGGUCACUGAGCAUUGAACGAUGUCGUGCCAGACGACCGAACGCAUAGUGCCACUAUAGUGGACAAGGACGCUUGAGUAUCGGACAAACGGUGCCACUGUCAGAAAUAGUACGCUGAGUGACUCCGAACAGAGUUUUCUGACCCGCUGUGACUGAAACCGAUCCGCUCACGGAACGUUUCCGUGCGGACUAGACUGGACUUGCUGAAUGAAUCGCGUCAGAAUUGAGCAAACGCUGAAGAUGAGUCGUGUGGUCACCUUACGUAUCAAUGUGCUGGACCGACCGAGCUAGCUUGUGUGCGCGGUGCAUUGCUCGCCGCUUUUCCAUGUGUGGUAUGUCACAACCAGCGGUCUACUUGAUGUCGGUAUGAUUGUGGAUAUAUGUGUAGGUGUAUGCCAGCGUGCGCUUUGUCUGUGUGUAUGCUCUUUGUGUGUGCUUGUGCGUGUGACAGUGGUGCUGCUCCCUCGACAGGCCAGCGCUCUAGAAUGGCGGUCUGUUCGGCCGGCCGGGCAGACGCCACUGUCUGUCUGGUCAGAUGUGCGUGCUGAGAGGAAUAGAGUGCGCCGUCGGUACGGUCCCCAGGAACGGCCGACUGCGGAGGCUACUGGCUACGAGCUGAGUGAGAGAGCUGAGCGGUGUUUUAGUGUUGUAAAUACAAUAAACGUUUUGGAACUGAA